ACUUGACACAGAGCGAGUUUUAUUUGCUGAAAACUGAUACCCUACAUCCACUUAGUGACGACUCGGGUCCCAUCCACGCUACGAGCAGCGCGUUCCGACACCGCAGGCAGCGGGUUUGACGGGCCCGGUGUGAGGUGACACCGGAGAUAAGACUGGAUUGAGUGUAGAAAAUAGGAAUAAACCUGUCAGAAGCACCUUGGAAAAGCAGAGACUGCCAGUGUUCCCUGAUCUCAGAAAUGGCACACCACGGCUUAUGCUCAAGAGAGUCAUGCAGAACCAACCCCAAGUUUCACCGCUGGCACUUCAGAUAUCUAACCACGAAGUCACACAAGAAGCUCAUUCAGAAGUCCCAUCUAAGAGGGUUUCCAGCAUGGGGGAAUUGCAGCUGCCAGAUGUUGCUCCUCAGGACACAUCUAUCACUGUGUUCCACAUGAAAAAGAGAAGAAAACUCAGCAUUUCUGAAUUUGAGAGAGCAGCAGAUAGACGACUUCCCCAGUACCAAGCUCAGUCAACGUUGGACAGAACAAUUAUGGCUCGAUCCUUUCGUAUGUCUGUGGGUUCCUUGCUGGCCCCAGACACCGUAGAAAAGAGGGGCUUGCUCCGGAGGCCCAAAACCCGCAAGGCUGUUGACAUGCAAGAGUUUGAAGGCAGAGUGGAACAGAACAUGCUGAAGAACAAAGGACGGAACGAUCUUGUGGACUCACUGUCUGCAUCUGGGAUUCAAACAAGCAUCCUGACAAGUGAUGCAGAAAUUAUGAUGAACAGCACAGAGCUCUUUGUUCAGCCCCAGCUGGAUGGAGACAGCCAAAGUAAAUUGCCUGCUCUUGAACCCCAGCUGUCAGAUUCAAAAACUUCAGCACAGAGGAGCCUGAUUUCUGAUGCAGAUCAAGAAGAAGCAAGGCUGGAGGGCCGGGUAUCCAGUGUGAGCACAAACCAGGGAAGGACCCAAAGAUACUCCAAGAGCUCAAGCCUUGAUGAGCAUGUUGACAGAAUGACUCAUUUAUCUCCAGAAACUCCUGAAAAACAGAGAGAAGAAAAGCUGGAUCAUUCCCAGCAGAGUAACCCCAUGACAGAGAUUUCUUUUACUGAAGAAGAGGUCGUUUGCUCUGCAGAACGUGGUGCAAGUGCUGUACAUUCUGAACAUUUGGAGAAAAAACUGUCUGAAAAAGCAGAAUUGCAGAUAACUGCAGCGCAGGACAGCAGAGGUGAAACAGAAAUGGCUCCUUCAGCAGGAGAGGAACUGGAAGAAGGCAGCAUUGGAGCCCACAGGUCUCCCAGAGCUGGUGAGAUUACCAGAGGCAUUGGAGCUGAAAGUGUGGCCAGGCACUCUCAUGCCUUUUCCUCAUCUGAUAAACCUGAGAUGACUCCAUUAAAUGAAGCUGAUGAACAAGAAGAUAUACUACAGGACCAGGCUAUGACGAUAAAUUUGGAUAGUACAGUGGAAGAGCCUGCUGAGGAUGAAGUUGAACACCCUGCAAGUCAAGAGGUUUCCAUGAAGACUCCUGCGUUUGUCCGUGCUCCGGCGCAAAAACUCCUGUCAACGCCACGUGUUGCAAAACCUGCUGCUCCAAGUUCUCCCCUGAAGCUGCUGAAGCUUAAGACAGUUCCAAAGAAAUUGAGAACAUCCGAGAAGAAACCACGGGAGCCUCAAAUACCAAGGAGUUUGAUAAAGGAGAUAUUCAGACAUUUUGCUAAAAUGCCAGUAACCAGAGAUGCAUUCCAAAUUGUUGAAAAAUGCUCUGAGAGAUACUUCAAGCAGCUGAGCAAUGAUCUGGAAGCUUACACCCACCACGCAGGGAGGAAGACAGUGGUGGCAGCUGACCUGGAAGUCCUCAUGAGAAGGCAGGGGCUGGUGACAGACAAGAUGCCGAUGAACGUGCUGAUCGAGCGCUUCCUCCCUCUGGAGUACCGCAAGCUCCUCAUUCCCGUGGCAGUGAGUGGAAAUAAAGUGAUCCCCUGCAAGUGAAGGUGCAGGGCUUGGCCCUGUGGGUGGGCUGGUGGGCUGCUCCCAGGGGCUGCCUGUGCCUUGUGCUAUGUCACUGCUCCAGGGGAUGCUUUGCCACAUGUAACCAGUGAGGCAGCCACUGCUGGAUGCUCUCCUGAGUGGAGGCAGGUUGUGCUGUGGCCACCACACCACCCUACUGGGUCUCACCAGCCUUUGUGACACGCAAUUUGACUAUACAUUGUUUUAUACGUUACCUUUGAAUACUUGUAAAUAAAAUGUUAUGUGCAUUUUUUGUGAUGCCAGUGA